CCUUGCAUCGAAGGGGGAGAGAGAGAAGACAGAGAGGGAGGGAGAUCCAGAGAGAGCAAACAUGCUGCUGGCGGUUCUAUUCGCCAACUCAGAAGGCAACAUAUUAGUCGAACGAUUUAGUGGAGUCCCAGCAGAAGAACGGCUGCAUUGGAGAUCUUUCUUGGUUAAAUUGGGAGCGGACAAUCUUAAAGGAGUAAAAAAUGAGGAGCUUCUUGUUGCUUGCCACAAAUCAGUGUAUAUCGUUUACACGGUGCUCGGAGAUGUCAGCAUCUAUGUUGUGGGCAAGGAUGAGUAUGAUGAACUUGCUUUGGCAGAAGUGAUCUUUGUUAUAAUCUCAUCUGUGAAAGAUGUCUGUGGGAAGCCUCCAACUGAGCGCCUCUUCCUUGAUAAGUACGGAAAGAUAUGCUUAUGUCUGGACGAAAUUGUUUGGAAGGGAAUGCUGGAGAAUGCUGACAAAGACAGAAUCAGGAGACUGACAAGGUUGAAACCUCCAACUGAGUUCUGAACUUGAAGCAUCUGCCCAUCAUCAGCCUAUAAAAAUAACGCAUAGCAAGGCAUCCGUCUUUCAUGCUUGACAGCUAGAUUUUAUUUUCAGACCUGAAUUCUGGAUGAUCUUUUGUCAUUUGUCUUCAUGAGUGGAGACAAGUUUGUGCGAUCCUCUGUGUGCUGAUUAAUGAGGAAAUACAAUGACUCAUAUUGUUUUGUGAUUUGGAAUUCCAACAGAAUGUAGACAUUUCGUAUGUGGUUUUUUAAAGAUUAUUAGAAACAAUUUCACUGAAA